AUUCAUCUCAGGCGCAUUCUCCGAUUCGAUACGACAGGAACGUAUCGUCCUAGAAACUCGUAUCCGUCGUGCUCAUUUGAACGGGAACUUUGGCUACGCGGCGUCCCGUUUGCUUCUUGCUUCAAUACUGUCAUUACCAACAACCAAAGGCCGCGAUAGGCUCAUACCUCAUACUCAUCUCCUGCCGGCACCCUACCGAUAUCGAUUAUGCCUGGUCCUGGCCAGAAGAAAAAAACUAAGCCUAAACGCUCCGGGCCUGCGAACGCCAAUGGAGGCACGUCAUCCUCGUCCUCUGGUACUGGCACUUUCGUCCCCUCAGACGACUUCUUGACCAACGUCAAGGAUGCGGAGGGAUGGGCUCAGGUCGCUGGGGCUCUCUGUACAGGCCUAAACUUGCCUGACCUCGACACUCGUUCUGGGCUGCGGAAAGUUCAUAAAGAUUUCGACAAGUUCUCCAGAAAGCUUACAGAGAUCUAUGACUAUUCGCGGCACUCAUCGACUCGCAAUGAUCUGCUUGCUGGCGGAGUCAUCGCCGUUUACUCCAAGAUGUCUCGAGACGCUAUUCUCCGAGAUAAGAUCUACACGCAGGCUGGGUUUUUAUCAAUGGCUAUACCUUUGCUCUUCAAUACCAAUUGUAUUCAUGUCGUUCUCUACGCCUUCGAUAUCGCCACACGCCAUCAUGGGACCGACAUCAAAACCAGAAUUGCGAACCAGACACCCGAGAUCCUCCAAUACCUCGAGGGCAAUCCAGACGACUUGAAGGCCGCUGAACUCGCCGUCGGCGUCAUCUCUCGCUCCGUUGGAUGGAUUCUGAACGACCUAUGCCAUGAUCACGCACAUGACACUGAUAUUCCCCGAAUCCUACGCACAUUCGUUAGGCUCCUUCGCCAUCCAAAGGCAUCCCCAGCUAUGUUAGACCACGCGCUCUAUCUCUUUUCACGUGCCACCGAGCGUUGCCCGAGUGCAUUUCACGAAAACUCAUCCGCUCUCGACCUCCUCAUCGCGUCACUUCGGCACUCAGAAGUCCGCAGUCGAGCGUUCGGACUCGCAGGUGCCCUCCGACUGUACUCCAAGAAUUACGAAGUCGACGAGACGAGCGCGGACCUGGCCAAGAUGAUGUCGGCUAUGAACGGUGACUGGCCCAGCAGUAUCGGAGACAUCAUCUACGACUAUCCUAUUCACAGCCUCGAGAGCGUUGCGUUGUUUAAGACGACAGCCGAGUUCCAAAGUGCGAUGAUGAAGGCCGUUCAGGGCCAUAACUUCCUGAGCUUGGGUCUCAAGCUCGCCGAUCUCAUCCUUUUGACCGAAUACUCAAUUCCGAAUGGCUACAUGGGUUCCCGAGACCCGGUCACAGGAAGGGAAUUGAACGACAACGGAGGUCUCCCCUUCGCCACGUACCCAGACUCCCUCCCUUUGUGCGCCAGAACCGUGCGCACUCACGCUCGCACAGCUCCUGAGGGCCAAAGGCGCGCUCUCGAAGACAAGGCGGACAUAUUGGACCUCAAGUAUCAUCUCAUGAAGAGACAGAUGCCUCAAGCCCACUCGCUUGCUCGGAAAGCAAUGGAACGAUCGCCACGCGUCGGAUAUUGGUACUAUGUCCUCACUCUUGGUACCGACAUUCACGAAGGUCUGAGGGCGGCCAAGCAGGGGCUCAUGUGUCCAAACCUGACGAACUACUUGAGGUUCAUCCUCCUGUAUCGCGCGUCUGAGCAUGCGACCGCCUUGGCGAUCAAGAAGUUGGAGGAAGCCUGUGAGAGCGGUAAAGCAUUGGACGAGGGAUUCGCAUUUGCGAUGUGCGCGUAUGAGGACACGUCCACAUUCCUGAGGGAGGCACCGCCGGAUGCGAGACGAAUGAAGAGUGCGAUCUAUAUCAAUUCAAUGAUGAUGUUCGUCGUCAAAGGCAAGGAUCUGACUCCAUCGGAGCUGAAGGAGUCAAACGAAAAAAUGAGAAUUGCCGACGAAAUUGCUCGACAUCUCUCUUGGCCUAUGAGGCUGACACAGAUGCGCCAGGCGCGUCAAAUCAUCAUGGAUCACCUUGAACCAGCUUGGCAAGAAUGGGGCGACGUUAUCGUCCGUCUUUCGGCGGCGGCGCAAACCGGUGCGGAAGCUCACCAGGUCAGCCCUGACAAGGCAGAGGAAGACUUCGUUGCUUGGCUUGAGCGAGAGGUGGAAGAUCCUGACGUGAGGGGUAACGCGCCGCAGGAUUAUUCUGACCAAUCCAGCGCACGGAGCGUCGACAUGAAAGCAGUGGAGCUGUACAGAUGUUCUUGGUGUAGGAAUCCGAGCGCGGUACUGAAGAGGUGUAAGGGAUGUGGAGGAACGACAUAUUGUGGCGCUUCGUGCCAGAUGGAGCACUGGAAAACCGGACACAAGAAAGUCUGCAAAAAGGCAGUAGUCACGGGCGGGGCCGCCGACCAAGCUUCCUGAAUAUCAACGACGUUUCGUGAGAUGUUGUAUUUUUUUCUCAUGUAUUUCGCUCCCUAUCAGUUUCUUGAACGACGUUUCGCGCGAUGUUGUAGUGCUCCAUGUAUCUUGGUACCAUCUGCUAUACCACUUCUUGA